GAGAGCGGAUAUAGUGAAUGCGGGUUCCAAGGAGACCGGAUAUAGUGAAUGCAGGGUCCGGGAAGACAGGAUAUAGUGAAUGCAGGGUCCGGGGAGACAGGAUAUAGUGAAUGCAGGGUCCGGGGAGACCAGAUAUAGUGAAUGCAGGGUCCGGGGAGAGCGGAUAUAGUGAAUGCAGGGACCAGGGAGACCAGAUAUAGUGAAUGCAGGGUCCGGGGAGAGCGGAUAUAGUGAAUGCAGGGUCUGGGGAGAGCGGAUAUAGUGAAUGCGGGGUCUGGGGAGAGCGGAUAUAGUGAAUGCGGGGUCUGGGGAGAGCAGAUAUAGUGAAUGCAGGGUCCUGGGGAGAGCAGAUAUAGUGAAUGCAGGGUCAAAGGAGUCCGGAUAUAGUGAAUGCAGGUGUAACAGAGUGCAGAGAGAGAGCACACGGAGACCGAAGGAGAGAGAUCUG